AUGGGGUCUGUUCCUACCUCACAGGGCUGUUCGACCCAGACCCUGCGCGGGCUCCGUCCCGCGGCUACGUGGCACGCCAGGCGCGCGGAAACCCGCUUUAACUUCGCUCCCCACGCCUGUGGACGGCGGGGUCCAGACCUCCCCUGGAAGGUCGAUGCCCCAACCCAGGCUUUGCCCCUCUCGGGUGCAAAAAAGUACAGCCUUGGCCUCCCGCGCCCCGUUUCCGUGUGUGGAGCAGACAUCGUGGAGAUGAAUGUGUCCCUGGUGGUGAAUGUGGCUAGUGAGUGUGGCUUCACAGAUCAACACUACCGAUCCCUGCAGCAGCUACAGCGGGACCUGGGUCCCUACCAUUUCAACGUGCUUGCUUUCCCCUGCAACCAGUUUGGUCAACAGGAGCCAGACAGCAACAGGGAGAUUGAGAAUUUUGCCCGCCGCACCUACAGUGUCUCUUUCCCCAUGUUUAGCAAGGUUGCAGUCAUUGGUACUGGUGCCCACCCUGCCUUCAAGUACCUGACCCGUGAGUCCUAUACCUUCUUGCCCUCACCUUCUUUCAGCUGAAUGAGGUCACGGCUCCCUGGACAGCAGAAACCACAGGCUUUAGCUAAGUAACCUUUCCCUUCCUGACCCUCUCAGUGGGUUGUUUUAUUUCAGC